CAGCAUUCUUUGGGCGUGACUCAUGCAGGUUUGCAGCCAGCCCCAAAGGGGGUGUAGACCAGGCGGUGCGCUAUAAAUCCCGGCGCCUUACGGUGCUCUGCAAGCGGCGACGCCAGCAGCAGCUCACGGGUAUCGGGGCCGCAGACCGAAUCAGCUGGGACUGUCAGGAUUGGGAAAGGAAGCAAGAUGAAGACUCUACUGCUGGUGGUGGGGCUGCUGCUCACCUGUGAGCAUGGGCAAGUCCUGGGAGACAAGGAAGUGUCUGACAAGGAGCUCGAAGAAAUGUCCACCCAAGGGAGUAAGUACAUCAAUAAGGAAAUUAAAAAUGCCCUCAAGGGGGUGAAACAGAUCAAGACCCUCAUAGAGAAAACAAACGAAGAGCGUAAAUCACUUCUCGGUGACUUGGAGGUAGCCAAGAAGAAGAAGGAGGAUGCACUGAAUGAUACCAAGGAUUCUGAAAUGAAGCUGAAGGAGUCCCAGGGGGUGUGUAAUGACAGCAUGAUGGCACUCUGGGAGGAGUGCAAACCCUGCCUGAAACAGACUUGCAUGAAGUUCUAUGCCCGUGUCUGCAGAAGUGGCUCAGGGCUGGUGGGCCACCAGCUGGAGGAGUUUCUUAACCAGAGCUCCCCCUUCUAUUUCUGGAUGAACGGGGACCGCAUCGACUCCCUGCUGGAGAACGACAGACAGCAGGCCCAUGCAUUGGAUGCCAUGCAAGACAGCUUUGACCGCGCCUCCAGCAUCAUGGAUGAGCUCUUCCAGGACCGGUUCUUCUCCCGGGAGCCUCAGGACCCCUACUACUACUCACCCUUUAGCUCAUCCCGCAGGGGGUCUCUCUUCUUCAGCCCCAAGUCCCGCAUCGUCCGGAGCCUGCUGCCUUUCCACGCCUAUGAUCCCUUCCACUUCAGAGACAUGUUCCGGCCUUUAUUUGACAUGAUCCACCAGGCCCAGCAGGCCAUGGAUGCCCACCUGCACAGCACCCCCUAUCAGUUCCCCCUGGGGGAGCUCCCAGAAGGAGACAAUAACCGAGCUGUGUGCAAGGAGAUCCGCCACAACUCCACAGGCUGCCUGAGGAUGAAGGACCAGUGUGACAAGUGCCAGGAGAUCCUGUCUGUGGAUUGUUCGGCCAAUAACCCCUCCCAGCUCCAGCUGCGAGAGGAGCUCAACAAUUCCCUCCAGAUGGCUGAGAGCUUCUCCAAAAUGUACGAUGAGCUGCUGCAGAUCUACCAGCAGAAGAUGCUCAACACCUCUGCGCUGCUGAAGCAGCUGAACGAGCAGUUCAGCUGGGUGUCCCAGCUGGCCAAUGUCACUCAAAAUGAGGACCAGUACUUUCUGCAGGUCACAAAGGUGAUGUCCCAUGAUUCUGACUCUGACGUUCCCACUGGCUUCACUAAGGUGGUUGUGAAGCUAUUUGAUUCCCCACCCAUCUCUGUGACAGUCCCGGAGGAAGUCUCUAGGAACAACCCUAAGUUCAUGGAGACUGUGGCAGAGAAAGCUCUGCAUGAAUACAGGCACAAGAAAUGGGAGAAGUGAGGUCUGAAAGUAGGAGCAUCUGAAUCCAGUGUUCCCCCACCACCCCCAGAUGAGCCACAGGCACCUAGAGAGAAUUCUUCAUGUCCUUCAGUGACUAGGCCAUGGCCUAGAGCCCUGCUCCCACCUCCUCCGGGAUCUUCCCUCUAACACCGCAUUUGCUGCUCACUGGAAGAAUCUCCCUGCAUGCCACUAACUCAAUAAAACUGCCUUGUCAUCAGA